UCCACGAUCAGAAGUUGCAAUUGCUUGCCAGCUUGGUAUCUUCAAAGGUUUACCUUGCUAAAAUAAUUAUUUUAAACAAUUACACGAAAUUCGAUCAUGUGAUAAGUGCCGUAGUAUUUUUAUAUUAAUAAUUAUUGUCGGUCAACUAUACAAAGUGCUCUGAGCUAGGUUCUAUUAAUAGUUUUUUUUUAUAUAAUUUGAAUAUGCUGUGAAAAUUUCAUGUAGUGACCAGUCUAAUUAGAUUUUGAAGUGGCGACUGCUAUGGGGCAAAGUCCGAGCUCAAUGAGGAACAAGAACGGUCGACACCGAUCGUUCAGGAGUUUCGUAAGGCGAAGCAAAUUGAACAAGUCUAGCUUGAGCCAUACGUUCAGUUUGCCGCCUUCAGAGGAGUAUCCGGAGCUAAUGAACAUCAAUGCAGCAACUGAGGAACAGCUGAUGACCCUUCCGGGCGUGAACAGGCAACUGGCUCGAGAGAUAGUACGCCACAGACAGAUGAUAGGUCGUUUUAAGAGAGUUGAUGACCUUGCAUUAGUCUCAGGUAUUGGAGCUGAUAAACUAGAAUUACUGAGACCAGAAAUAUGUACGCACACAAGGAAACAGUUGUCACGGGCCAGCUCCUGUGCACACUCAUUAGAUAGCAUACGUUUGCCCUCUGAAAGCAGACUAUGUUCUAUCAAUUCAUCCAGUGUGUUCCAACUGCAGUGUGUGCCUGGACUCAACCAAGAAAUAGCUGCAAAUAUUGUAGAUUACCGUAAUAGAAAAGGGCCUUUCAAAUCAUUGGAUGAUUUAAUAAAAGUUCGUGGUAUGGAUAUUGUCAGGCUAAGUACAGUAAAACAACACUUGAGCCUGGAGUUACGUAAAUCUGAAAGUGUCCAGCACUUAACUAAUGGCCAUGUAAAUGGAUGGAACGAUGAUAACAUGCUCCAACAAAAUGGAAUUUCUCCAAAGACGCCACAUCGAAAAAGUUUAUCAAUGCCAACAAAAUUGACAUUACCCAAUGGCUUUGCCACUGCUCCAGUAAAUGAUAUUCUAGAUUUACUCUCAGCUUAUUCACAUAGGCCAGUUGUAGAGGAAGUUUUCACAUAUGAAAGAGAUGGUGUUCGGUGCUGUCGACUGGCAUCUUGGAAUCUUCAUCAGCUUAGUAUAGACAAGAUAUCGAAUCCUGGAGUAAGAGAGGUGAUUUGUCGAACCAUUUUAGAAAACAAAUUAUCGCUAAUAGCCAUCCAAGACAUGUUGAACGAGGCUGCUCUUAAAGUGAUAUGUGACGAGCUGAAUUCUCCCGUACUAAGAAGGGUCAAAGAGUGGAAGAACAAUGGGCACAAGUGGGAGUAUCGUGUUUCAGGGACAAAGAACAGCCAACAACUCGGUUUUGUCUACGACUCGUCGCUGAAGGGGGUAACGGUUGAAGAUAUAGAGCUGGAUCAGGUCUGUUUGCUGACCGAGGCCAGCGACAUCAGAAGGCUUCUCUCCGAGCUGACCGCGUUGAGGAGCGACAGAUAUACUGCUGAGCCGCAGGCAUUCCUGCUCUGCGGCAGGCCGCUGAUAGCCGUGAACGUGAUGUGCAGAGAUCGGUUCAGCGCCGCAGACUGCGACCGGCUGGCGACCGUGGCGGUUCUAGCGGAAUCCACAAAACUGAACGUGGUAUUCAUGGGCGAAUUCCGAAACAAAGAAAACGUUCUCCAAUUGAAAUCGUAUCAAUCGAUCCUUGACGAAGACUUGCCGACGACCGUGGACGCGAACGCGCUUGGCCAAAGUUUUAUUUUAUGUCCUGGCAACAUUGAAACGAGCGGCUUCAACGGCCACUCGGGAGCCGUCAAAACUGGGUUGUGUCAUCUGGCAAUACCGCGAGGCUGGUCGUGGGGCGGGCCCGCGUCGCCCUUCUGUCCCAUCUGGGCCGAACUCAAAGUUCCAGAUUGACGUGAACUUAUAAAGGACGAAACCGAAGAUAUAGCCGAAUUCAUCACCAACUGCAAAAUGUACUGGUGGUGUAUUUUUGAGAUUUGAUUCUAAGUGAGGUUAGGCUGUCAAAUUUUGGCGCCAACCAAGUGUCAAAUUUUAUCUUUGUACAUAAUCAAACGGGGCAUUUAGAUUAUAGUAAUAUAUAUAAUAUUUUGUGUAUUUAAUUGAAAAAAAUUAUUUCAAUAUUAGAUAGGAUUCAAUAUUUAAAUAAAUAAAAAUGAACAAUGAUAUUUAUUCCUUUUCUUUUAAAUAUCAUCUUUUUCAAUAAUGUAUUUCUAUUUAUAAGAGGCGAAUAUGAGAGAAAUUAUUUACUAUAAAAUGACCCUAAAGGGUCUAUUUGAAUUUGAACUGUGAAAUAUGCGUUCCAUUCACAAUGGUCACGUUAUGAAAUCAUUUAUGUUAUUCAUAGUGCAUUGUAGACUUUUUAUAGAUCCGCCGAGUCUAGUCGUUAAAAUCGAUUAUAUUGCAACCGGAAACGAGUUAUUAUAUAUAAUAUAAUAUAUACAUAUAAUCUGUAUUCGGUCCGCACAACUCUUCUGUGGUUAACUUACAGUAUUAUUUUUGGCUAGCACUAGACUUAUUGACGUUUCGUGCUAAAAAUUUUAGGCAUCGUAUUGCUGAAUAUAAAAUUAAAAACUCUAAAUUGAAGAAGACACGGCUCCCAAGAUCGACAGCUCAGCAAUGCGGCUAUUGCUUUAAAUUUUCAUACGUUCCGUAGAACAAUAAGAAUUUCAAUGAGAUUCAUCAACUUUUCGAUUAUCACGGACCUUACUUGUUUUUAUGUACAGCCAUUUUAAACUAAUCCAAAUUAAAUCAAUAAUAACUAAUGUCGAAAACGUAACUGGUUGGCUGAGUUUUUCGUUAAGUCUCGAUAAAAUUACGAUUUUCUAGGUGAUGGUAAAUAAAUAAAAUAUAUAUAUAAGUGAAGUGACGACAAUGAACCCGCUAUGGAAGUUAUCUCAAACGCGUCGCUGUUAAAGAUUGGCAAAAAAAAGCAUCGUGUUGUGGUGUCAUUUUAUGGCGAUAGUCUCACAUUAUUUUUAUCGCGGAUGUGGCAUCUGUGGUGGCUGAGGGACGACUCUAUUCGCUGUUACUGUAUAAAUUACAUUUAAAAUGUCAUUCUAUAGAAUAGUGAAGUAAAUUGUUGAACUAUUUAUAAAAUUAUUAUUUUUCUCUC